AUGCCUAAAAAGUUUGUGGGAGAAAAUAGCAAAGCGGUCGCGGCACGACAGCGUAAAGAGAACGCUAAACAAGAGAACGACCAAAAGAUAAAAAAAAUGGUAGAAGAUGCCGAGUGGGAAGAUAACGACGAAAAACUUAAGAAAAAACAACAGAAAAAGGAUGAACAAGAAAAAAAGCGACAAGAACAGUUGCAAAAGAAAGCAGAAGCAAAGGCCUUAUUAGAAAAAGAGAUGGAAUCUAUAAAGGGAAAAGCGCUUCCACCACCACCAAAGAUCACCCGUGCACAGAUAUCUCAAAUAAAAGAAAAGACUACUAGACCGGAACCUACUGUAAAAUCAGUGCCUGCUAGAGUGGUUGUUGAGGAACCACCUCUAGAAGAAAAUCUCAACAGGUUACAAAUUGAGGGUGAGUCAGCACAAACUGUUGACGAGGCUAUCUCAAUCCUAAGUGAAAAGGCAGAUGUAGACAAACACCCUGAAAAGAGAUUGAAGGCAGCUUACACUGCAUUUGAGGAAAUUAACCUCCCUAGAUUAAAAGCUGAAAACCCUAGUUUACGGCUCUCACAGCUUAAACAGAUGCUUAGGAAAGAGUGGUUGAAGUCACCAGAAAACCCUUUAAACCAGGCUUAG